CCCUCCUUGCCUCCUCUUGCUGUUCUGCAGCAGCCAAUGAGAGCCAAGCAUUGCCAGGCCUGUCAGCACUGCGUCCGUCGCUACGACCACCAUUGCCCCUGGAUCGAGAACUGUGUGGGGGAGAGGAAUCACCCGCUGUUUGUCGUCUACCUAGCUGUCCAGCUGGCGGUGCUACUGUGGGCCCUUCAGGUGGCCUGGUCUGGCCUGGACUUUGAGCUGUCCUGGCUGUGGUUUCAGCACAACCUCCUCCUCCUCCUCUCCUUCUUCAUCAUCGUCAUCUUCACCAUCGUGGUGUCGCUGCUGCUGGUUUCGCACCUGUACCUGGUCUCGUGCAACGCCACCACGUGGGAAUUCAUGUCCCGCCACCGCAUUUCCUACUUGAAACAAUGCAAAGAGGAGAACCCUUUCGACCAGGGCAUCUUCCACAACCUCUGGAGGUUCUUCUGCGCUUGCCGCCUGGUCUCUUGGGAGAAUUUGUACUUCCAGGGAGACGGGGACACUGUGUGAGGGCGAAGGGCCGCAGAGGGAGCCUGAGUCACCGAGAGACGGCUGUGUCUGCAAGCUUUCACCAGCGCGCUACCCGCUGCAGCUUGGGAGCUAGCCUGUCACGGGCUCUAAUGCACGGAGAGGCUGAAAGAGCCGGGAGCUGUUUUCCGCACAGCCGGCAGGGAUGUUGGUUGUGAACAAGAAACUCCUUUGUUGUUGACACAAAGUGCUUUUAUGUGUGGGGGUGAGGGUGAUACAGGCCACCUGCCGCUGCUGGAAAACCACAAGACUAAAAACAGCUCCGCGUGGUUUCUGAAUGUGUGGCUGUUGUUGCCAAACGGGACAAGUUUCCUUGUGCGAGAAUGGAUCUUUCUUUUUCUUUUUUAAAGCAAAGCUGAAGUGCCAGGCAAUAAUUUUAAAAUGUACAACGCAGCAGCCAAAAAGUUUGUUGCCUUUGACUCUUAACCUGACUGGAAACCCAAGUUUUUGGGGCGAGGGGAUUGGCUACUCUUCGCUAAUAAUGUUUCGCAGGGAUCCCAAAUUUGGUGCCUGCAGAACCUUCCCUGGCACUCGUCAUAGGUUUUUAGAAAACGGUGGGCCUUUUGCUCAGUGGGGCUUCUGAUUGGCUGUUGUGGUGUGGCUUUCGGGCUGUGUGGCCGUGUUCUAGUACAGUGAUGGCGAACCUUUUCGAGACCGAGUGCCCAAACUGCAACCCAAAACCCACUUAUUUAUCG